GCGGCAUUAAUACCGUAUUUUACGGUAAAUUACCGUAAUUCUGAUCCACCAGGAAUUUAUACAAUCUCAAAUACAAUUUCACUGUAUCAUAGAUUAAAUUACCCUUAUAAUAAACAAAAUUUAAUUUUCGACCCAGAUAGAAUAAAAAACAUCUUACUUAACUGUUUGUAGUGUAAUUUUAUAAUCAUUAUCGCAAAAAUAAAUUAUUUAUAAAUAUAAGUAAUGAAUAAAACAUUCGUUGAUAAAGAAGAUAUUUGUGAUUAUAAAUAAUUAUGCAAACUAAAAAAAAACUUUGUGAGAUAAUGAAUAAUGCUUGAAGCAAUUAAAACAGUACAAUUUGAAGCGAUUAAAUAUGUAUUAAAAUAUGCCUGCACUAUCAUCACAGCUUAUGCGCUCGAUCAAGGUCCAAAGUCCACGGCCCCUACUCUUUUGACUCUUCACUUUACUGAACUGUGUACGUUAGUUGUAAAACUGUAAAAAAUUGGUCCAGACCAGGAAAGUAAACACUCGGCUGGUUUUAAGUGUCAAGUCAUUGAAUUGAAAAGUAUAGUUUAUAAUAACAGUUUCUUGCUUAGUUAAUAGAUUGUUGAAUAAUUUGUCACCAUGUCUGUGUUAACUAAAGGAAUAUACUUUGUUGCGGCAAAGAGAACGCCGUUUGGUAAAAUGGGUGGCAUGUUUGUAAAUAAAACAGCAACGGAUUUGUCAAUUGUUGCUACCACAAGUGCCAUUCAGUCAGCGGGGAUACAACCUGAGUUGAUAGAUCAUGUUAUCUUUGGUAAUGUUUUGUCCUUAUCUGCUUCUGAUGGUGUUUUAUUACCUCGACACGUUUUAUUGAAAUCGGGCAUUCCUAUUGAAAAACCUGCUCUGGGUGUUAAUCGAUUAUGUGGAUCUGGAUUUCAAUCGAUAGUCAAUGGUGCUCAGAGUAUAACGAGCAAAGAAUCCCACAUAGUAGUAGCAGGUGGCGCAGAAAACAUGAGCCAGACACCUUUCGUCGUACGCAAUGUGCGUUUUGGAACAGUUUUAGGUCAAAAAAUUGAUUUUGAAGAUGCAUUAUGGGUUGGUUUGGCCGAUAGUUAUUGUAAAUUACCGAUGGGUGGCACAGCUGAAAAAUUAGGAGCUAAAUACGGAGUUACUAGAGAAGAAGUUGAUGAAUUUGCGUUGCGAAGUCAGAAGCGUUGGAAAGCCGCCAAUGACGCAGGUUAUUUUAAAGCUGAAAUCGCACCCGUUUCGAUGACCAUAAAAAAGAAACAAGUGGAAGUCUCAGUCGACGAACAUCCUCGACCAGAAACAACUAUCGAAGAUUUGAAAAAGUUACCCUCGAUUUUUCAGAAAGACGGUCUUGUUACUGCUGGGACUGCAUCAGGUAUCUGCGAUGGCGCAGGAGCAGUAAUACUUGCAAGUGAAGAAGCAAUUAAACAACAUAACCUACGGCCUCUUGCACGCCUGUGUGGCUACGCCACGGUUGGCGUUGAUCCUAGUAUCAUGGGAAUCGGACCAGCACCAGCGAUUAAAAAUCUUCUGAAAAUAUCCAAUAAAACUCUUAAUGAUCUUGAGCUGGUUGAAAUAAAUGAGGCUUUUGGUGCGCAAACACUUGCAUGUGUCAAAGACUUAGGCCUUGAUAUAAACAAGUUAAAUGUUAAUGGAGGUGCCAUUGCGCUUGGACAUCCUUUAGGUGCUUCUGGAACUCGUAUUACCGCACAUUUGAUUCAUGAACUUAGACGAAGAAAUGCCGGAAAAUUCGCUAUUGGAGCAGCAUGCAUUGGUGGGGGACAAGGAAUCGCAUUGUUGAUAGAAGCACUUUAAAUAUAUUUAUAAAUUGUAUAUUUUAUGCCCCAUUGAUAUAUUUUUUGAUACGUAGAUUUUUUUUUAAAUAUGUAAUAAUUUUUGUUCUAUUGAGAAGUAAACACUUUUUAUGAGAUUAAUA